AUGAGCGCCGCCGAAGUUGAGAGACUCAACCAAAUUGUUCACGUUGCCCAGACUUAUGUUGCUAGCACUACCUCCGUGUUGGUCUGGGACUGGUUAGCAUGCCUUCCACAAGAGUAUAAAUACAUAUGGAAGGUGUCAUGGAGUCCCAUCAAAGUUUUGUACCUCAUGGUACGGUACUACACCUUCGUCGUUCUUGUCGUGACCGAUGUUUGGUUCUUCGCUGAUUGGCAAGAGCAGACAUGUGCCAAGUCACUACGCAUUCUUCCUGGUCUAGCCGUCGCGAUUGACUUAUGUGUUGAGAUGGUGUUGGCGCUACGAGUUUACGCUCUGUACGCACGUGAUUGGAGAAUAGGUUGCCUCCUUGUAGCCGUCUUGGCUGGCUUUUUAGGUGUCAUGAUCGCGGUCCCCAUCCUCGCGUUUGACUACACGAGGUUGCCAUCUUGGCCAGGUCCUUGUUUAGUGACGGGUAAGGCAUCUGUCGCGGGUCCUCGGUUCAUCAUCGCUUUCUACGCCUCUCCUAUGACACUCGACCUCCUCUUCACCGGGCUAACUACGUGGCGCGCGCUCAAACAUCGCCGUAGCGGCACCGCCAGUGGGCUCAUCAAGGUCUUUCUGCGAGACGGCAUCCUUUACUUCCUGUCCAUAUCGGCUUUGAACUUGGUCAACGUGAUAUUCUUCAUCAAAGCGGAUGCAUCGAUACAGUCAAUCAACGCCCCUAUGAGUAUUCAGCUGUCCUCUGUUUUAUGCUGUCGCCUCAUUCUCAAUCUCCGUGCCGAGCAUAAACGUCAGCCGGCGGUGAAGCGCUUCGCUACGACCGUCGGCCGCUGGAUAGACGAUUUCCGCGUCACGGACGACAGUCAGAGCGACGGACACACCGUAUCGCUCCAGAGCCGUACCCCGCGGCCGGCCGCAUCCGCCAUGCGCAGAGAACCCGCUGGCGAUGGAGAGCCUGCGAAUGGUAUCGUAGUGCAUUGGGAACGCGAGGUCUACGACGACACCGCUGCAUGGGACUCCAAGCAGGUGAUAUCCAGGAGUAACAGCGACAUCGAAGCUGGCAAAGACGACUUGGACUUGCCAACCACAAACAAGGCUUAG